AUGAACGACCAUCUACCUUCCCGGCCCUCAAGUGCAUUCCUUCACAAAGGAAUCAUCUCCGAUGGAAGUUCGGUUGUUGAGCAUGAUGAUACGCGUUUGAGUGGUGGCAUCACCUCAGGGAACGAUGAACCCAAGGCAACAUCUUCAACACCUCCCGGAGAGAAUUCUGAUGAGAUCCAAUCAGAGUCAGUGAUAAAGAGAGUGAGCAGUCUGAAGCAUCGAGCUAGUCUUCUCCACCAUUUGUCGGCGACGACUGUUUCCCGGUCGAGGUCUCCUUUGGAGGUCCCCGAUGCGAACGUGCCUGUCAGGCCAUGCUCUUCUCCUCCCACGAAGACCAUCUUCUCCAGUGUCACUGGAGUCUUUGAGCCUGGUAAGUUCACCGCCAUCAUGGGAUCAAGCGGAGCCGGCAAGACGACGCUUCUCAACGCCGUGGCUGGGGAGACAGCUGGUGGCAGCCUGUCGGGAGCUGUGCAUUUCAAUGGAGCCACAGUUGACACGGCAACGAUCCGAAGGCAACAAGUGAUUUCUGAGUUUCUGUUUGCACAACUCAUCAGAUCAGACCAAGGUUCAAUAUCACUAUCAAAAUUAAUGUACUUGGAUAAGAUCACCAGCUUGCUUUUUGCGGCAAAAUUGUUUUUCCUACAGGGAAAAGCGAUGAGAUGCGGAGACAAACUUGCCAUGCCUUGCAGACCUGAUGGGUUCAUUAUCACCUUUCCAUCCUUUCCAUCGCUCGUGAUCCAACCAAGCAACAAGGAAUUGGGAAAGUUGACGUGCUCCUAUAAAAACCUUGCUGUGAGAUCACGAGACCGAAAAGAAGUGCCAGACAAUCUACAUUGGCAUCGGCAUCACAUGCAGAAAUAA